AUGUUGGCAUCCGAUAUAAUCCAUCAUAAAGACGUACAAAUAACGCACCGAUGCACGCGGCUAAGUCAAAUCAGGAGACGAUGAACUGCGUUCGAAUUGGCCAGAUAACGCGCUUCUGGCAGCCGGUGCUGGUGUUAGAUAUAAAACAUGCUUGCGCGAGGCAUUCCAGUGUCAGUUUAAAAGUUAGCGCGAAAGCGGUACGGUAAUUCGUAUUGGAAAGGCCUCCACAAUGAGGAACGGUGGUUUAUUGGUUGCGUUGGUGGGAUUUCUGGCUCUGCUGGGAUCCCGAAUCGAGGCGAAAAAGUUUGACAAGUGUUCCCUGGCUAAGGCCCUUCUGGCGCAAGGAUUCAGCCGGGGUGAUCUGCGGAAUUGGGUGUGCUUGAUCCAGAACGAAAGCGCAAUGGAUACCAGCGCCAAGCACAACAACAGCAACGGAUCCACCGAUUGGGGUCUGUUCCAGAUCAACGAUAGGUACUGGUGCGAUCCGCAAAACAAGAACAAGAAGACCUCGAACGAGUGCAAGGUCAAGUGUUCGGAAUUCCUGAAAGCUGACAUCGGUAAGGCUUCAACGUGUGCCAAAAAGAUCCACAAGCGGCACGGCUUUAGCGCCUGGUACGGCUGGACUAACCGCUGCAAGGGCAAGGCCCUUCCCGAUCUGAGCAAGUGUAAAUUGUAAUGAAACUCAUACAGAGUUCUCUGAACUAAUAAAGCUAAUGAAUAUUUAUCGAAAAA